CGGGACGCGCCGCCGCCGCGCCAGGGCCCGCGCUGCCGCCGCAGCUGCUGGCUGCCGCCUGCCGCCGCCCGUGCUGCCGCCGCCUGUGCGGCCCCCGCCGCUCCGCGACUCGGCCGACUGCAUGUUCGAAAGACCGGCCCGAGGGUGUUGAGAAGCAAAAUGGUCCAUGCUGAAACAUUUUCACGUCCCCUGAGCCGGAAUGAAGUGGUCGGAUUAAUUUUUCGUUUAACCAUAUUUGGUGCUGUAACAUACUUUACCAUUAAGUGGAUGGUUGAUGCCAUUGAUCCAACCAGAAAGCAAAAAGUAGAAGCUCAGAAACAGGCUGAAAAACUAAUGAAGCAAAUUGGAGUAAAAAAUGUCAAGCUUACUGAAUACGAAAUGAGUAUUGCUGCACAUCUCGUAGACCCACUUAGCAUGCAUGUAACCUGGAAUGAUAUUGCAGGCUUAGAUGAUGUUAUUACAGAUUUGAAAGACACUGUCAUUUUGCCCAUCAAGAAGAAAUACUUGUUUGAGAAUUCCAGGCUCUUACAGCCACCAAAAGGAGUACUCCUCUAUGGCCCUCCUGGUUGUGGCAAAACACUGAUCGCCAAAGCUACGGCAAAGGAAGCAGGUUGUCGAUUUAUUAAUCUACAGCCUUCAACACUGACAGACAAAUGGUAUGGAGAGUCUCAAAAACUGGCUGCUGCUGUCUUCUCCCUUGCUAUAAAGCUCCAACCAUCCAUCAUUUUUAUUGAUGAAAUAGAUUCCUUCUUACGAAGUCGAUCGAGUUCUGACCAUGAAGCUACAGCUAUGAUGAAAGCUCAGUUCAUGAGUCUGUGGGAUGGACUGGACACUGAUUAUAACUGCCAAGUAAUAGUUAUGGGAGCCACCAAUCGUCCUCAGGAUCUUGACUCUGCAAUCAUGAGAAGAAUGCCAACCCGAUUUCACAUCAACCAACCUGCUCUGAAACAAAGGGAAGCUAUCUUGAAGCUGAUUUUGAAAAAUGAAAAUGUGGACAGGCAUGUGGAUCUCCUAGAAGUUGCUAAAGAGACUGGCGGCUUCUCAGGCAGUGAUCUGAAGGAAAUGUGCCGGGAUGCAGCACUCCUCUGUGUCAGGGAAUAUGUUAAUUCUGCCAAUGAGGAAGAAACCCAUGACGAAGAUGAAAUUCGGCCUGUGCAGCAGCAGGAUCUCCACAGGGCAAUUGAGAAGAUGAGAAAAUCAAAGGAUGCCACACUGCAGAAUGUUUUGAUGCAUGUUAGUUUAGAUUAAGACAAAUUGUGUGUUUGCAGUUUCUGAUGUGAUUUAGUUUGACUUCUGUAAUCAGUUAGCAAAAACAAGGUCGGGGGUGGGAGCGGGGAUGUUCCUUGAAUAAGGGAGUUCUGUUUCUGGAAUUGUUUUUAUACAACAAAUUCUAAGUUAUUGAAAUUGUCAUGCACAACUAAAGCAUAACAGUAGAUCAUGAAGUGGAACAAUUAUAGCCCAGACCAAGAGCAACUGCCUGUGUCUUGUCCCAUAAUCAAUACACUGUGUAGCCUUAAAGCAGGUUCUGACGUGGUGCAUGGGUUCAGCAGGUCACCGGUGUGGAGGGGAGACAAUCCAUUACCAGUGUGUGUAUAUAUGUACGAGCGUGUGUGUAUGUAUUAAAUGUAUAUAUCCACACAUUUUUUUAUAUAUAUAGACAUAAUCUGUAGAUAACUUGAGUAUGGAAAAGCUUUUCUACUUACUGAAUCAAACCAAAUCAGAAGACGUAUAGAUUAAAGACUUGUCUAGAUACUCAAUUCACAUUUACUUCUUCCUUUUAGCAGCAAAUGGUGAAGAUAGAAAUUCUGCUUCUAGAAUAACUUCCAGGCAAAAUUUGAAAUGUUACUGAUUUUCCCUUCACAUGACCACUUGAAAUCUGGUGCCAUUUAGUAAAGAUAGUAAACUACUGUAAAAAUG